AUGCAGGUGGUUGGAGAGGAGGGCCCACAAGAUGUGUCGCCGUCAGCUGGGAGCCACAUGUCUGAGGCCAGAGGAGUGGAGGCCUCGGGGUGUUUCUUGAUGGUGUACUUGAAGCGACUGCGCGGGGCGGGCGAGACACGACCUGCAACUCUUGCUUUGUCACUCGACGUCAUCCUCACCUUUGUUUUCUCCGUCAGUAUCAUGCUUUUUCUGGCGGUUGUCGAUGAAUAUGGCCUGUCGCAGUACGGCCUGCAGCUGUAUUUGCCAUCGUUCUGGGCGUCGUGCGUGCUGACGGUUUGUCUCACAACUGCUCCGGGGGUACAGCCGCAGGCACUGUUGGGCUUACACUUCUUUGGUGCUUUGUUUGGUCUUUCCUUUGCUCAUGCAACGAAGCCUCUCGGGCAGCCCCUUGGGCCUUUGCUGGCUAGCGCAUUUGCUGUAGCUGUUCUUACCUGUGUUUGCCUCUUGUUUGGUUGGUUUCAGCCCUCGAGUUCGGCCACAACUGUGCUUGCAGCCUUUUACAAGUAUGGAUCAAUGCACGACGCGGGCUACAUCUUCCUUUUAACGCCUGUGCUGCUUGGCGUGGUCAUUGUAUUGGUUUGCUCGUGGCUGAUGGACAAUCUUAUAUACCAUGGCGGCCGGCGUAUCCCAUUUGUUGGUGAAUUUUUUUAUGGAGUUUUUUAUUAUUAUUAUGCUUUUCGACUUGCUUACUGGGAUUCAGGAUCCAUGAUAUUAUUUAUUUAUUGUCUCUUUGUGCAUACGUAUGCGGUUGGCAUUGGCGUUUGA